AUGGAAGAAAUAGAGCCAAUCGACUUAAUGCAGAUCGAUGAAGACCCUAGCUGGCAAGAUCCCAUAAUCAACUACUUAGUGAAUGGAAAUCUGCCAACAGAUAAGUCCGAAGCUAGGAAGGUCCAGCAAAAAGCCGCGAGAUACUACAUGCAGGGCGACAAGCUCAUUCGCAGAUCAUACUCCAGCUCUCAUCUUACUUGCAUAAAAUACUCUCAAAUGCUUGAGGUCCUUUGUAAAAUUCACGACGGCGAGUAUGGCAACCAUUCUGGGGGCAGGUCACUUGCCCAGAAGGCUCUAAGCGUAGGCUAUUUCUGGCCCACUAUGCGCCAUGACUCUACUGAAUAUGUCAAAAUAUGUGAUCACUACCAACAGUACAAACCAGUUCCUAACAUGUCUGCCGAAGUCUACUAUGCGCAGAACAGUUCGUGGCCUUUCAUGCAAUGA